AUGUCGAUUUCAAAGUAUUUUACCCCUGUUGCUAACGGGUCACUUACUUUCAAUGGUGCAAAUAUUCAAUUUGGUUCUGAUGCACAGAGUGACUCUCGAAAGACUUAUGAUACCGAAGAUAGUACACCUCCUUCUCCCAAUCAAUUGAAUGAUAUAACCUUUCAGGCAGAGGCUGGUGAAAUGGUUUUGGUGUUGGGUAAUCCCACAUCUACUCUUUUUAAAACUUUAUUUCAUGGUAAAACAAGUUUAUCGUACUCUCCCCAAGGCUCGAUUAAAUUCAAAAAUAACGAGUUCAAAAGCUUUUCCGAUAAAUGUCCUCACCAGAUCAUUUAUAACAAUGAACAAGAUGUCCAUUUCCCUUUUUUGACAGUAGAACAGACAAUCGAUUUUGCCUUGAGCUGUAAGUUUGAUAUUCCAAAGGGUGAGCGUGAUGAAAUAAGAAAUGAACUUCUAAAGGAAUUUGGUCUAUCUCAUGUGUUAAAAACUAUUGUCGGUAACGAUUUUUUCCGUGGUGUUUCUGGUGGUGAACGAAAACGUAUUUCUAUUAUUGAAACGUUCAUUGCAAACGGUUCUGUUUACCUAUGGGAUAACUCUACGAAAGGUCUUGAUUCUGCUACAGCUCUAGACUUUUUGGAGAUUCUUAGAAAAAUGGCAAAAGCUACUCGUUCUGUUAACUUAGUCAGAAUAUCUCAGGCUAGUGAUAAAAUUGUUGAUAAAUUUGAUAAGAUUCUUAUGUUAUCUGAUUCCUAUCAACUUUUUUAUGGUACCGUUGACGAGUGUCUGGCUUAUUUCCAUGACACUUUAGGUAUUGAAAAAGAUCCAAAUGACUGUAUUAUUGAGUACUUGACUUCUAUUUUGAAUUUUCAAUUUAAAAACAAGAAUGUCGGAAACCUAUCAAACUCAUCAUCUUCUAGCGUUCUCAAGACUGCCGCAAAAGAAGUGACCAAGUAUACAUAUAAUUCUGAUAUGGAUUUAUAUGACCAAUGGAAACACUCUUCGUAUUAUAACAAUAUAAAACAACAGAUUGCAGAGUCUCUAAUUGAUGACUCUAUUAAAGGGGUCGAUCCCUCUGAUAUUUCACCUAUUUUUAAUAUUCCAUUGAAGAAACAAUUAUCAUAUUGUACAAAGAGAGCUUUUCAAAGAAGUUUAGGUGAUAAGACUUACAUGACAGCACAAUUCAUUUCCGUCGUUGUUCAAUCUUUGGUCAUUGGUUCUUUGUUUUACGAGAUUCCAUUAACAACCAUUGGUUCUUACUCAAGAGGUUCCUUAACCUUUUUCUCCAUUCUUUUCUUCACCUUUCUUUCUCUUGCAGAUAUGCCAAUUGCCUUCCAAAGACAACCCAUUGUCAAAAAGCAAUCACAGCUUCACUUCUACACCAACUGGGUUGAAACUCUUUCAACCACAGUGUUCGAUUAUUGUUUCAAAUUCUGUUUGGUUGUCGUAUUCAGCAUCAUCCUAUACUUCCUAGCUCACCUACAAUACAAGGCCGCAAGAUUUUUUAUUUUCUUACUGUUCCUUUCCUUUUAUAAUUUCUGCAUGGUGUCACUGUUCUCUUUGACGACGUUAAUUGCGCCGACCAUUUCUGUCGCAAAUUUGUUCGCUGGUAUUUUGUUGUUAGCUAUAGCAAUGUAUGCCUCUUACGUUAUCUACUUAAACAACAUGCAUCCUUGGUUUGUGUGGAUUGCCUACUUAAAUCCUGCAAUGUACGCCAUGGAAGCUAUACUAGCCAACGAACUUUACAAUUUGAAACUGGAUUGUAGUGAAACCAUUGUUCCAAGAGGCCCCACUUAUGAUGACGUUCCAUUUUCACAUAAGGCCUGCGCUUGGCAAGGUGCAACCCUAGGUAAUGAUUAUGUUAGAGGUCGUGAUUAUUUGAGACAAGGUUUAUCCUACACAUACAAUCACGUGUGGAGAAACUUUGGUAUUAUUAUUGGUUUCUUGGUGUUCCUCAUCGCCUGCACUCUAUUUGCGUCCCAAUACAUUAAGCCUUAUUUUAAUAAGGACGAAAUAGAGCGCUCUAACGGCGGGUUGACAAGGUGGAUACCAUUCUUUAACAAGAAGAAGUGUACAAGCUCUUCCACAAGCAGUGGUGACAGAUACGAUGGUAUGCCAAAAUCACACUCUGUUUCUUCAUCUUCGUCUAGUAUCUCUGCUCUCCCAUACCAGGUAUCGCCUUCAAGUAAGGAAAUAACAUUAGCAGAUUACCAUGACAAAGGACACAUGGAAACAGUAGAGACUCAGAAGCACGUUAUUUCUUGGAGAAACAUUAACUACACAGUUGGUGACAAGAAGCUCAUCAACAAUGCAUCCGGUUUCAUCAGUUCUGGUUUGACAGCCUUAAUGGGUGAAUCUGGUGCAGGUAAGACGACUUUAUUGAAUGUGUUAUCACAAAGAAUCGAAUCUGGUGUCGUUACUGGUGAGAUUUUGAUUGAUGGUCAACCACUGACAGAUGAAGAUUCAUUCAAAAGAAGUAUUGGUUUUGUUCAACAACAGGAUUUACACCUGGAUCUAUUGACUGUGAAAGAAUCAUUGGAAAUUUCCUGUAUUUUGAGGGGUGAUGGUGACAGAACUUACUUAGACACUGUUUCAAAAUUACUAAAGUUACCGUCUGACAUUUUGGUUGCCGAUUUGAACCCCACUCAAAAGAAAUUGCUGUCCAUCGGUGUUGAGCUUGUUACUAAGCCUUCUCUUUUAUUGUUUUUAGAUGAACCAACUUCCGGGCUAGACGCUGAGGCUGCAUUAACAAUUGUGAAAUUUUUGAAACAGCUUUCAUUACAAGGCCAAGCUAUUUUCUGUACUAUCCAUCAACCCAGUAAAAGUGUCAUCAGUCAUUUCGACAAUAUUUUCUUAUUAAAGAGAGGAGGUGAGUGUGUUUUCUUUGGACCAAUGGACGAUGCUUGCGGAUAUUUCAUGUCUCACGACAACGCAUUAGUCUACGAUAAAGAGCAUGAUAAUCCCGCUGAUUUCAUUAUUGACGCCGUGGGCAACAGCAACUCCUCGGUUGAGGAAAGCGGAAUGACGGAAGGUUUCACGUUGAACAAGGAAGCUAAAAACUGGGGCACAUUAUGGGAGUCAUCUACAGAGAAAAAGUUAGUUGAAAGAGAAACAGCUAGGUUGGAAGAUGAUGCUCGUGCCUCUGGUGUUGAUUACACAACAUCACUAUGGCAACAGCCUUCAUAUUUACAGCAACUAACUCUCAUUACGAAAAGACAAUAUAUUUGCACCAAGAGAGAUUUGACUUACGUUAUGGCCAAAUACAGUUUGAAUGGUGGUGCCGGUUUGUUUAUUGGUUUCUCAUUUUGGAACAUUAAGCAUAAUAUUAUUGGUUUGCAGGAUAGUAUUUUCUUCUGUUUCAUGGCUCUUUGUGUUUCAUCUCCUUUGAUCAAUCAGAUUCAAGACAAAGCAUUGAAAACAAAGCAAGUCUACAUUGCAAGAGAAGCUAGAUCGAACACCUACCAUUGGACCGUUCUUCUUUUAUCGCAAUGCAUUAUUGAAUUACCACUGGCACUUACAAGUUCAGCAUUAUUUUUCGUUUGCGCAUUCUUUUGCUGUGGGUUCAACAAUGCUGGCUGGAGUGCUGGUGUUUUCUUUUUAAACUAUAUGCUUUUCUCUGCUUACUAUGCAACCCUGGGUUUGUGGUUGAUCUAUACUGCUCCUAACCUGCAAACCGCUGCGGUUUUCGUUGCAUUCAUUUACAGUUUCACAGCAUCAUUUUGUGGUGUUAUGCAACCGUACUCAUUGUUCCCAACUUUCUGGAAGUUUAUGUACAGAGUUUCACCAUACACAUAUUUCGUUGAAACAUUUGUUAGUAUUCUAUUACACGAUUGGGAAAUUAAGUGUGAUAUGAGUGAAAUGGUUCCCGGACAACCUAUGGCAGGGCAGACUUGUGGCAAAUUCAUGGAAGCCUUCAUUGAAGAAUAUGGUGGUUACUUGCAUAACAAAAACACCUUCACCGUCUGUGCUUACUGUACGUACACUGUUGGUGAUGAUUUCCUGAAAAAUGAAAACAUGAGCUAUAACCAUGUUUGGAGAAACUUUGGUAUCGAGUGGGCUUUUGUUGGUUUCAAUUUCUUUGCAAUGUUUGCUGGUUAUUACUUAACUUACGUGGCAAGAGUAUGGCCUAAAGUUGGCAAAUUCAUCUCUAAGAUAACUCCACACAAAGGAAAAAAAUCUGCACAAAACUAA